AUGCAGAUCAUACUUAAUUUUUUAAACAUUCUUCAUCAGGGGGAGUUGCUAUACUUGUGGUAUAUGUUGAUGAUAUCAUAA